UCUUCGUCUCGAAAUUUUCUCGUUUUAGUCGUAAAUUAAUGUAAUAAAUGAGAAAAAAGCGCAUGACAGACUUUUAUCAAAAUGAGUCAAAUGUUCUACGACCAAGUUUUAGCAGUAGCGAGUGACGGGCCCUCGCAACUCCAUCUCGACAUCCUCAAGCAGCAUUUUGGUCACAGUGGCUUCCGCCCGAUGCAAUGGAAAAUAAUCGCGGCAAUCCUCAACCGUCAAGACAAUUUCGCCGUGAUGGCAACUGGCUACGGGAAGUCUUUGUGUUUUCAGUAUCCGCCGGUCUUCAUGGAUGGCGUCGGGCUCGUUAUUUCUCCGUUGAUCAGUUUAAUGGAAGAUCAAGUUUUGGCAUUGAAUGUCUCGAAUAUUCCCGCAUGUUUUCUCGGAUCCGCCCAACCAGACAAAAAAGUUUUCGGCGAAGUUCUUCGGAAAAAGUAUCGCCUCGUUUAUGUAACGCCCGAAUUCAUCACUUGUGACUUGGGGGACACACUUUUGAACGAAUUGAAUGACGAUUUGACUCUCAUAGCGGUCGACGAGGCGCAUUGUGUCAGUCAAUGGGGUCACGAUUUUCGUCCGUCGUAUCGCCAACUGAGCACAUUGCGUCAAAAAACUCGCGGCGUUCCGAUUGUCGCGGUAACGGCAACUGCCACAGACGCCGUUCGCGACGACAUUGUUCGAGUUUUGGGCUUGCAGAACCCCCUGAAGUCGUGUUCGGGCUUCGAUCGUGCCAAUUUGGCGUUUUACGUGCAUCUGAAAGGCGAGGGCGGACCCAUGAGCGACUUGAAACCGCUAAUUCGGCAAACGCCAACGGGCAGCAUCAUCAUUUAUUGUCUCACGCGGAAAGUGACGGAAGAUUUGGUCGAUCAGCUGCGCGGCAAUGGGAUCGUAUGUGAGGCGUAUCAUGCUGGCAUGUCGGUAACGCAACGUCGGAAGGUCCAUGAAAAGUUCGUACGUGACAAAAUCCGGAUAAUUUGUGCGACAAUCGCAUUCGGGAUGGGAAUUGACAAGCCUGACGUUCGAAUGGUGAUCCAUUACGGGGCCUCGAAGGACAUCGAAGGAUAUUAUCAGGAAGUAGGUCGUGCCGGGAGAGAUGGACAACCCUCGAAAUGCGUCAUGUUCUACAAUCGGGGCGAUUUUGCGACGCACGCCAUGUUCCGCGAGUCUGGAAACUCCCCGGCAGCUGUGAAGAAAAAUUUGGAAAAAUUAUCCGACAAAAUGUGGGACUAUUUAAACACUCGGGAGUGUCGCCGGCUAUUUAUUUUGAAAUAUUUCGAAGGUUCCAAGGCAAAAUGCAACCAACGACCAAAUUGCUGCGAUAAUUGCGACCGAAAUAUGAGCACCGUGAAAGAUUGCGACAAAUACGAGGGUCUCGACGCGAAUGGAAAAUACGAUUUUUCGGAAGACGCCCGAAAAUUACUUGGCGUCGUGCAAAUGUUCAACGGCAACAAAGGAAUAAACGCCUCCGUGUUGACUCUGAGAGGCAGCAAAGCCAAAACGGUACCUGCUUUUGCCCAAUCCAGCCCGCAUUUCGGCGCCGGAAAGCACAGACCCGAAGAAUGGUGGAAAUCUCUCGCGAUUUUACUCGAUCGCGAAGGAUUUUUGGAAAAACGAACCGUCGGCAACUCCGGAGGGUACCGAAAAAAAUUCAAAAUGGCGAUUCAGUGUGUUGCUGUGACCCACAAAGGACAAAAUUGGAUGAAAACGGCUCAAGCAUUGAGAUUAUUGCCAACGACGGAGAUGUAUCCGCAUCUGGCACGCAAAAAUUCCCUCGAAAAAUCAUCAAAAACAGCCAAAGAAGGGUCGUCUUCUGCUUCAACAAGCUCUAAUUUGGGCUCUUUUACUCCAACGGACGACUUGCAACAAGAAUUGGUCCGACUCCUGCUCGAAACAAGAGUUAAACUCGCCGAAAAGCUCGAUAUUAUGCCUUACAUGAUAUCAUCGAAUGUAGCAAUUACCCAAUUAGCCACUGCCAGACCCAUAAAUCUGCAACAAAUGGAGGAAGCAAAGUUGGAUGGCUUUAAUAGAGCAAAAAUUUUGAAAUUUGGACCUGAUUUUAUCAAAGUUAUUCAAGAAAAAUUGGGAUAUGUACCUGAAAAAGACUCCAAAAGCCCGGGAAAUGCCUUGAAAUCGACGCAAUCUUCGGAUUUUAGUCAAAAAAUGCCCAGUUCACAGCCGAAAAGUACCCAAAAAUUGAGAUCGAUGAAGGAUAUUUUGCGGGAAAAUCCGUUACAAAGCGUCAAAUUGACCCCAACUAUUCAGGAAUGCUUCCAACAGUUCGAAGAUGGGAUGUCCAUCGAAGAAAUCGCCAUCACGAAAGAUGUAAAGUCGACCACAGUGUUGGAUUAUCUCGCGAUCGCCAUAAAAUGUGGACUUCCUCUGUCUAAAAAUGAUUUUCCGCGUCUCGGGAUCGAUGAUGACGUCUUCAAAAUCAUUAAAUCCAAGCUUCCAGCGAGUUUUGGGGAAGGAUUCACGCUGAAAAAGGUAAAAGAUCAACUUCCGCAUUUCAGUUGGGAAAGCGUUCGAAUUGUCGUGAGUUACGUUCAUGUCAGAUGGCAUUUAGAUCAGCUCGGAUACCCAUAUGUCGAUCCAGAUCGCCCAAUUUCGAGUCAAACACCGCCAAAAACGACCAAAAUUUCUGCCGCCAAAAGUCCCGAGACGAUUUUGCUCGAUGACGAUGACGACGGACUUUUACGAGAAAUGGAACUCCCGGAAAAACCUCAAGCGGCGACAAGUAAUUGGCUCAGCGACGACGAAGAUGACGAAUUAUUGGCAGCGAAAGUUGCGAGUUUGGAGGAAUUUGAACGCGAAAAGUCGCGAUUAUUUAGUCAAACACAAGUGACACAAGAUUCGGCUUACGGGACUUUUCGAUCGACGCAGGUCGGCAAGAGACCGUCAACGGAGGAGAUUUUGUCGCAGUUUGAAGCGAAAAAGGCGAAAAUUCAGAGUUCGAGUCCGGUUGUGGCGAAAAAGGUUGAAAGUAAGGCACCGCAUACGGGAUUGAAGAUUGAUUAUGGCGUCGAUAGUAGUGACGAUGAGAAAAGUCAAGUGAAGUUGCCGUCAGUGGUGAAAGCAGCGCCAUUAACGAGUACGAGUAGUAAUGGAUGGAUGAACAAAAGUGUGUCGCAAACGUCGCAACCUGUACAGAAUUUGGCGCCGAAGCCGAAGAAACCGUUCGUUUUUAAGACAAAAAAGAUUUUUUAAAUAAGGCUCGAGGAAUAAAUUGAAUUUUUUUGUAACAAAA